ACCCUACGAUGUCGUUGCUAUAUUUUUUUGAGACUACCCUCGAAUACCAUGGAGUGACCUCCAAGGAACUCUACAAACUGUGGUUAAAGCAUGCCGGCCCUGCCUUCAAAUUACACGAACAAGGAUUGAUGAAAUAUGCCUUCAAGGUAAGUGUCAAAUGCUUCAGUGAGAGAUCUCACUGUCACAGUAGCCUUCCACUGUUAACCCUAACUCGCCUUAAAAGAUAAAUAUCGUGCCCUGCAGUUGUCUUGUUUGUACAAAGCGUAUUAUUAUUUUUUUGUGCUGAUGACCAGAGCAACACAGCUGUAUCUAGAAUUAAGUCAUGGAUCAGCGCAGACAAUGUACUUUCUAAAUGGUUGACAAGGCCGAAAGCCCUUUUAAAAACCAUGCGUGCAAAUAUUCUAAACUCGCGACGGAUAUAAUUCGGUUGUGCGUUUUAAAUAUUUAUAUUUUUUGAGUGGUCUGGUGAUAACUCAAAAUAUGCGUAUUUAUUUCCCAGUGAAAAUGGGGAAAAAAGUAAAAUUAGUAUCUAAUAUGGUUUUCGAUCUGUUAGAUCAGUAAAUUUAUCUAUUCUGAUGACUUAUAAUUUCUACCGUGUGGUUUGUGUAUUUUUAACUGCUUAUGAUCAAGGUCGCUAUAAAAAAAUUUUCUAAAUUCUUCGUCUCUGACAAAGCCCAUUAUAUUAAUGAAAUGAUAUUGAUAAGUAAAUUGGAUGACUAAAAGAAGGUUUUCAGAAACUUUUCGAAAUUGUGACCUUCUAUUCUGAUCAAUAAUCCAUGACUGAUAAACCCGUUCAUCCGAGAUCCAGGACUUUACUGACGUUAAUGGAAAUAUUUGAAAAUGGAAGAUUUGGGUCUCUUAAAAUUAAAGAGAUCGGAUCUUUGGGUAAACCAACACAAUUAAGACUAAAUCUGACUACCAUAAUUUUAUGAUUAACGAGUCUUUAGACAAGAGUGUCUGUUGGAUAGUUAUUUAAAAUAAUGCCAGCUGUCCUUCAUUGUCUGUUACUUUUACUAAUAGCUGUCAUACACCUGGCCGAAUCAUCGAAAAGUCCGGCAAAAAUGCAUUUUAAUUUAUGUCUGAAUUUAAUCGGGUAUGCUUUUCGUUCAAAUGAAAGAUCUGAUUCUUUCAUAUGGUGUUAUUACAAGCAGCUAACUUUUGAAUCUUCAGACAAAAUCCUAUAAUCAGUACGAUGUCAAAGGCCAUUCAAAUAAAAUUUUACAGGAUAUAAUAUAAUGGAAGUUUCAUAAAAGUAUUGUUGGCUAGUGCGAUUGUGAGGGAUUUAUUCAGGUUCUUUUGUGUGCAGUGUAGUGUCAGUGAUGGGCAAUAUUGUCGGAAGUGGCUAAAUGUGCUUAAACGUUAAACGCUUUACAAAGAGUUACCGAAAUAGAUAUUUGUUUCCUGCUAUAAUUACGCUUUAUAAUUGCUCUAAGCCUAAGUGAAGAAUGAUUGAAAAUAUGAACUGCAAAAUUAAUCUGUUAGAGAUCGUCUGUUGCAUACAAACUGUUUGAUACUGAACUGACUUAGUACUUCAAGGUGUGAACCUGAUUCUGAAACGACACAAUUUGAAAAAUAAAAAAACUGACCUUUACGACGCAGUCGUUUUCUAUUUUAUGUGCAUCUAGCAUCAUCUAUACCAAGCCCCGUGCAAACGGACGUUACAUUGUCAGUUAGAUGUUACAUGUUGCGUCCGUUUACGCACACCCUGUUGCAUUUUCUUGGGUGUUGCUGGGAGUUGUUACAUCUGUUUGGACACCACUGCCAACGCGGCAGCAACACCAUCAGACUGACUGUUUUUCGCGCUUAACUAGAAUUAUAAGAGGGCCUUGAAGGGAUGGAGGCGUCAUGUUUUAGCUUUUUAAUGUGCCCAACUUAAUUUCUCUCAGUAUCGCUUAACAAUUAUUGAAAGAAGAAAAAUUAAUUUGAUAUAUCGAUUGGAGCCUUUAACGACCCCUCCAAAGGUUGAGAAAAAGGCUGAAAUAGGCUCCAUCGCAAACAAACAAGACAAGGAAAGCCUUUUAACAAGCUAAAGCAAAAUUGACAUCAGCUUUCCACGCAGACGUGAUCUUUGGGGUUCGUCACGCAUUUCUACCCCACUAAUGUCUGCUAAAUUGAGCGAAAAAGAAAAAGUGGACCAAUCACAGCAGGGAAGUGCACUUUAAACCUUGAUAAAUUCCUUGCUUGACUUAGCUCCAGAAAAGAUCAGAAAGGUCUCAUGAAAGGUGAAGACCUUACAGUUUUAGAACAAACUACUCAGUUAACGAACCCCUAACAACGUCUGCGUGGCAGGCUAAAUUGACACUCUCUACAUGACAAAUUGUGGCUAGAAAAAAAAUUUUAUUUACUUAUUUAUUUUUACUACUAACUGUGACCAGGUUCCAUUUUUACGCCAAGUUAAUGAACGUUUUUAAUCAGUUCAGUUAAAUUCUAAACAGUCCGUACAAGGGCGUUGUCUCGCAUUAUCAGAAACAGUAAUCUUUUUCGUUUUAUUCAAGUAUUUCCUUGAAAUUUUAAUUGAAUCAUUCGUGAAAGAUUAGAGGCGCUUGCUAUUAAAUUUAAGAAACCAGGAUCCUAAAGAAACCUAAGACAAAUACGGUACCCGAGUGUGGGAGUGACGCAUUUAAUAAUUUUAUUUUCCUUACUGUUGUUUAACUUUUUUUUUUUAGGUUGCUGGAGAGAGAACUGUCAUAGGAGGUUAGGAGAUGCGGACUAUGUUUAAAAGACGAAUCAAAUUAUGAAACUUUUACACAACUUCAUCAGUGGUUGGAUAAUUUUAUUAGAACAUAUCAAUAACGGUCUGGUAAAAUAAUGCCCAAAAGGAGAUGCAGCAAAAACUGAUGAUAUUUUCAGUGAUAAAUUGACAUUUAAACUGCAAAGGACCGCAAACGAAUAUGCUAUAAAACGUAGGAUCUAUAGAAGACCUGGCCAGCAAAAAAUACAUUGAGUGAAUGCGGGACACUGAAUGGAAACAAGACAGAAUUAUAGGAUACGGAGGGAGUCUUUGGGCGUUGGCCGAGAUAUGUGAAUUUCACUGAGGUUGUAAUUAAACGAAGUGUGAUUCCUGGACUUCCGCACCCUUCAAUUGAUUGUCUCAAAGCAAAUAAUGCGGAAUAUUGUAAUAGUGACACACCAAGAGAACAAUUUCAAACUUUAAUUGGUCCAAAAGUAACUUUGGUGAAAUUCAUAUGUCCCAAGAGUUCAGGCUGACUAGGCGUUUCCCCCUCUGUUGUAUGAUUCUCUCCGAUAGAAACCAUUAGUUCCAAAUACAGAAGCUGAAUGCUUUCAAAGGCCUAGGGUGAGAUACACCUUCUCCCGGCUCCCGUUAAAUAAGCCAUGAUUUCGGACCCCCAAUCACAGCGGGAAUAAACCCUUCUACGGUUUUUUUUUUUUUUUUUUUUUCAUCUUUUGACUGGAAACUUGAGUGAGCGAAAAUCUGUCAACACGACGUGAAAGAAGUGAACGCUUUAAAAUCAGUAACGUUGCUAAGUUUGAAAGUGAUUUGUUGAAAACUAAGGAAGAAAUAGUCUAGCCUGCAUGGCAGGCGCCGGUAAUUAUCUUAUUACAGGCCGUGCAACGAGAUUUCUUUCUUCCCCCUAGAUUAGCAUAGUCUCAUAGUCCCGCACGGGUGUAAAGGUGAAGCCUCAGACCAGCCUAUGAUUCCAACAAUAACCGCCGGAUAAGCGACGAUCAAAUAACUUUGUCUAUUUCCUUGCCAGUAAUGAAUUCGAGCUCGCGCCCGUUUUUAUCUUAACAGUGAUGUCGGUGGAGUCCCCUGGAGUACUGGACACGUGCUUUGCUGAAUUGCCUUUACACCAGACCCUUGGAGAUCAGAUCCAUACACGGUUCACUCCCCUGAGACAGUAUGAAGGAUUCGCCUCUGAUGUCAGCGAGAGGGCUGGUGGCAAUUCAAAGUACGAGGAAGGGAAAGGGGCGUCGAAGCAAGGUCUCUUCUAUCUUUUCACCUUUACAGUAGAGUAUGAUUCAGGUAUGAUUUGAAUUAAUCCUAGGGGGAUUGCAUUAGGGACCAGGCCCACCGGGGUUGGAAGGAAAAGGGGUGUUGAAGCAAGGUCUUUUCUAUCUUUUCACCUGUACAGUAGAGUAUGAUUCAGGUAUGAUUUGAAUUAAUCCUAGGGGGGUUGUAUUAGGGACCCGGCCCACCGGGUCGGAAGGAAAAGGGGUGUUGAAGCAAGGUCUUUUCUAUCUUUUCACCUGUACAGUAGAGUAUGAUUCAGGUAUGAUUUGAAUUAAUCCUAGGGGGGUUGCAUUAGGGACCCGGCCCACCGGGGUUGGAAGGAAAAGGGGUGUUGAAGCAAGGUCUCUUUCUAUCUUUUCACCUGUACAGUAGAGUAUGAUUCAGGUAUGAGGGAUUAGGCCCCCGGGGUUGGAAGGAAAAGGGGGGUGUUGAAGCAAGGUCUUUUCUAUCUUUUCACCUGUACAGUAGAGUAUGAUUCAGGUAUGAUUUGAAUUAAUCCUAGGGGGUUGCAUUAGGGACCCGGCCCAUUUCAUGAUCUUUUCACCUGUACAGUAGAGUAUGAUUCAGGUAUGAUUUAAAUCAAUCCUAGGCGGAUUGCAUUAGGGACAGGGCCCACCGGGGUUGGAAGGAAAAGGGGUGUUGAAGCAAGGUCUCUUCUAUCUUUUCACCUGUACAGUAGACUAUGAUUCAGGUAUGAUUUGAAUUAAUCCUAGGGGGAUUGCAUUAGGGACCGGGCCCACCGGGGUUGGAAGGAAAAGAGUAUGGGUGAUUUGAAUUAAAGCAAGGUCUUUUCUUUUCUAUCUUUUCACCUGUACAGUAGAGUAUGAUUCAGGUAUGAUUUGAAUUAAUCCUAGGGGGGUUGUAUUAGGGACCCGGCCCACCGGGUCGGAAGGAAAAGGGGUGUUGAAGCAAGGUCUUUUCUAUCUUUUCACCUGUACAGUAGAGUAUGAUUCAGGUAUGAUUUGAAUUAAUCCUAGGGGGGUUGCAUUAGGGACCCGGCCCACCGGGGUUGGAAGGAAAAGGGGUGUUGAAGCAAGGUCUUUUCAUGAUCUUUUCACCUGUACAGUAGAGUAUGAUUCAGGUAUGAUUUAAAUCAAUCCUAGGCGGAUUGCAUUAGGGACAGGGCCCACCGGGGUUGGAAGGAAAAGGGGUGUUGAAGCAAGGUCUCUUCUAUCUUUUCACCUGUACAGUAGAGUAUGAUUCAGGUAUGAUUUGAAUUAAUCCUAGGGGGGUUGCAUUAGGGACCGGGUCCACCGGGGUCGCAAGGAAAAGGGGUGUUGAAGCAAGGUCUCUUCAUGAUCUUUUCACCUUUACAGUAGAGUAUGAUUCAGGUAUGAUUUGAAUUAAUCCUAGGGGGAUUGCAUUAGGGACAGGGCCCACCGUGGUAGGAAGGAAAAGGGGUGUUGAAGCAAGGUCUCUUCUAUCUUUUCACCUGUACAGUAGACUAUGAUUCAGGUAUGAUUUGAAUUAAUUCUAGGGGCCUGGACCGGGCCCACCGGUAGUUUCCAGCGCAACACCACAGUGGACGAUCGGCUAUAAUAUUAUGAUUUUUCCGCUUGAGCGAUGUGUUUCCCAGCUUUCCGCUAUUUCUUAAAACGAAAGCUUAUUAAAGUCAGUUCGAGGUAAACUAAUUUCAGUGUUUUUCUAACGUUCAUCGGCAGCCAUGACGCAACACGAUUUUCUCCAAAUCUGGGCCGAAGAGGGCAAAGCAGCCUUGGACGCGAAAAAAACAGGCACCAUUCUGGACUUAUGGAAAGUGGUGGCGCAAAGAAAGGUAACAUCUGUUAGUCAGUAACUGCUAAGGCCAGCAACAGAUGUCCUUUCUAUCUUAGACGGUUGUUGGUAGCAAGUGUGGUGCAGUGGUGAAAGCACUCGCCUCCCACCAAUGUGGCCCGGGUUCAAAUCCCGGCGUCGACACCAUAUGUGGGUUGAGUUUGUUGUUGGUUCCCUCCCUUGCUCCGAGAGGUUUUUCUCCGGGUACUCCGGUUUUCCCCUCUCCUCAAAAACCAGCAUUUCCAAAUUCCAAUUCGACCAGGAAUCAGGUAGACGAAGAACCACUAUAUGGAUAUGCUACCUGCAAAUCGUUAUUUAUUAAUUUAUUUGUGCAUGUCUGCCUUGGCACACCUGUGAGACUCCAUCGUUCAUUCCGGGGGGGGAGGGUUUAGUGACAAUCUGGGUGGUCUCCCACGAGAGUCUCGACUUCACUUACGGACAGCAGUAAGCAACCUGUUAAUAACGCUCUCUACGUCGGCCGACUGAAGAACGCAUACCUGGUGCAUCAGGGCCCCUAGGAAUUCUAAAUAGUUGAGAUUAGUAGCAUUUCUGAAACUGUUAUUGCAGUUUGAAACACAGCAAUUGCAAGUCAUUGCAGAGCGCCAUGUUUGUUGACCUUCAAGUUUUCCCUUCAGUCAUAAAUGAUCCCAUGCCAGAUCUUUGCCGUCACAAAUAACCGUACCAAAUUUUUAACUCGUUUAGAAUAUGGCAAGUUCUGUUCUUUUCCAGGCUUAAUUGUUGUUAUUCCUUUUCAAUUUUCAGAACAAUUUUUUUUUGUAUUGUGCCAACAGGUUAUCGCAGUUGUUUGUGUGGAGAAUCCAGCAGAGGCCGAUAGAAUGUCUCUUGACCUGCCAAUCAUGAAAAAGAUGGGAAACAGAGUUCAUAUUGAAUGCAAAUCAAUAAGGCCGAUAGGGGAAUGGGUCGAAGACCUGAAAAAGCUCGCGGAGUAAUGAAUACUUGAAAUACUCUGUAUUCAAUUCGUGAUAAAUUAACUUCUGAUUUAAAUUAAAAGAAUGACUUCAUCGACUGUGACGAGAUCUGGUCAGUAUUCUUCAAUGAGUUUGAUGGAUAAUGCGAAGAUUCAGUGUCCACUGAAAACACGAAAAGAAUUCACUGGACGUCCUUAUUUCCGUCUAUUCGUGGAAUAGGACAUGGGUAUAUUACACGUGUAGGGUGCAUUUUUCGCGUCAUGGCUUAUUUCACGACUUGAUUUCCGCUAACUGAAUGAAUGAAUGAAUGAAUGAAUGAAUGAAUGAAUGAAUGAAUGAAUGAAUGAAUGAAUGAAUGAAUGAAUGAAUGAAUGAAUGAAUGAAUGACUGUAUGAAUGAAUGAAUGACUGACUGACUGACUGACUGACUGACUGAAUGACUGACUGACUGACUGAAUGAAUGACUGACUGACUGACUGACUGACUGACUGACUGACUGAAUGAAUGAAUGAAUGAAUGAAUGAAUGAAACAUUAUUAACGUGUCUUUAAGAAACUAGCCAUGGUUCUUGGGAUGAGAUGACGUCACUCGUAACUUGUCUUCUUUGUUUUGUCGCGCCACGGUCAAAAAGUGUGAAAGUGUGUGUUGGUGAUAAUUUUGGAUUAAGCAAGUGAAGGCCUCGAUAAAACAUAAGCACGCGUUGUUUAGACUGUUUAAAAGAAAGAAAAACGGAAAACCGAGACGAAAAGUGUUCUUUGCGACUUGAAAAUGCCUAGCCUGAAAAAAUCUUCAAAACAGUCGUCAUCGGGUGUCAUCGCUACGACAGACACUUGGUUUUGAAAAUGUUUGUGUUUUAAAGCUUUGAGUGCCAAGUGAUCGGCCUUAGAAGGCGUUUGGGAGAAACUGCUGAGAAGUAGGGUAAACUGAUACAGAAGAAGAAGGUGAAACAAACUUUAGCGCUGGUGACUUGGAAAAUGCCCAAAGUAGAACAAAUCCCUUAAUAGUCAAGCAGUACGACGCAAUUUUUUUUUCUUUUCUGUUCAUUGUAUAAAAUGAUAUAUUUUAUGUUGUCGUGCGUCUGUUCAGUAAUCAAAGAUCCGAAGACGUCAAUAUCGUGUGGUAAAACAUCAGUGCCCAAUUGCCUGCGGCACGUGUACCACUUUUUUACCACAUUUUGACGUCAUCUGUGAUUUAUUGCACGUGAACAAACGCAUGGCAACAUGGAGUCUAAUUCAUGAUAAUUUUUUAUUGGUGCCACAUUUAACUCAGUACACGCGAUCUAUAAAGUCGAGCGAAAAAAUAAUACAUGCGGGGUUAGCUAUAGGUCGGCUAAAGAAAAAACCUGAAAAAACACUGGCUUUGCACGUAAAAUCUUAACAUGAGUGAGAAUUAAGUACUCACGGUCAAGAAAAGUCGAGACUGGGUCCAUCAGAACUAGAGUUCAUUAAUUUUUUUUACUUUCUGUGAAUACUAUUGGGUGAGAAACUACAGACCAAUAUCAAUAAGCGAUUAAGACACCUUCAUAAAAGCUUUCAUAGGUGCGGUAUUAUUAAAGAACGAAGCCGAAAAUAAAACUAAUGCGGUAGAGUGGAUCGGAACCCGCUUAACUUGUCUACGAAUCUUACAUUGAAGACGAGAAACACUAUUUACUUACUUGAGUAAAGUCGCAAUUCUCAGCAAAAGAGGUUUUCGGACUUGCCUUAGUAUUUUACAAACACGAGACUUCACAAUGCCGUUGCUAUAUUUUUUUGAAACAAGCGUAGAGCACGGUGGAAUGCCACACAAGGAUCUUUACAAACUGUGGGCAGAGCACGCGAAAUCUUCUUGUAAAUGGAAUGAUGAACAAUUUAUGAAAUACUCCUUCAAGGUGAGUACAAAAAAUUUUUGUGUGAAAUCUCUGUUAGAAUGUACAGUUUAUUUGUCGGAUGAGACGUGCAAAUUAAAAGCACUCUCUCAUGGCGAUGAUGACUGUUCAGCUCUAACACUGAAGAAUAACCCUGGCCCUGUUAAGGCGUUCACCGACCCACACUAUCCGAAAACCUUCUUAGAACCUUGAAAUCAUGACUUGAAACACUCGACGAGAUUACAUAAGCGGAAAAAAUUUAAUGCAAAUUGGAUCGACUACCAUCAGUUCCCGUCUUUUUUUUGAAUUGCUUAUAUAGUCCGCGGUCAAGCGAAACGUUAUAAUCUGAGACACGGGAUAGAAAGAUACUUCAGUCUCGUUCCCAAGGGACUUUCCUACCCUUACGCCUUUAAUACGGCUUUAAACAGGCUAUGAAGAAGUUGAAGAGAAGAGGAACGUGUCGAGGUAGCCUGUGUACAGACAUCCCCCCCUCCCUCAGAGGGAGGGGGACGUCUGUACACAGGCUAGUGUCGAGGAGAAUGAAUGAAUGAGAAUGAAUGCCGCAGCUGUUCACGGUCUAUAAUAAUUCAAAUUGAAUAGAGUAACUUAGGCCAAGGUGCCUCGUGAUAUACCAACUGAAAACCCACGAUUAUUCUGUAAAAGCAUAUUCACCAUUUUUCGUCUGUAAAUUCUCUUUCAGGUGGCAGGAGAGAGAACAGUCGUGGGAGGUAUGGAGAUAUAAACUGAUUGACGUUAUAGUAAGACACAAAUCAAAUUGAGGAAUACUUUUACUUUUCAGAGCUUAUUGUAAAAUUUCUUUGAAGAAAGUGGAAGUUGCAAGGGGUAAAGAAACUUAUUAUUUCAAAAACAAAAAUGUAAAAAGUAAAUUGACUAGGGCUAGAAAGCACACGAAUGUCAACGCGUAAGGGCCAUGAUUCAAAACCUUAAAAGUAUGCAGUUAUCAGAUAUACACCUUAUUAAACUAACACUGUCAUGUAUAGAGAUAUUGGUGUCCCGAAACAAUGAAACGACGGCCAUGUUGGUGUCACAAACCAGUCCUGUGGGAGUUGAACUCCUUUCUUAUGCAAACGCUUUCUUUUGUUCCAAUAAAUUUGCAUAGAUGCUGGCCCAUUGAGUGAAAACACUCUAUACAAAAAAAGCAAAAAAAAAAAAACAACAACAAAAAACCAAAUAGAAAUUAUUAAGCCAUGCAAAUCAAGUUUUGAUAGUUUGAAAAUCCUGAAAACCAUGUUAUCAAUAAAGUACAAUAUUUUGAUCAAACAUCAAUUAAGUUGAGGAAGGUGAAUUAUCACCUAAAAAUGUUUUCUGCUUCAUUUUUACGUAAGACAGAUCUCCAAAGGUAGUGAGCUUACACACGGUCAAUUUAUUCAACCCUAUUUACAUAGCUUCAAUUUUCUCAAUUUUAACAUUUUCCUUGUAAUAGGCCUUUCCACUGUUCUUUUUUUUUUCUUCAACUUUUGACAUGGACAAGUGAGGGAAAAUCCGUCGACUCCGCGAGAGUGAUUUGUUGCAACCUAAGGAAGAUAUGAUAUACCUCCCUGAGAAAGUCGUUUGAAUGGUGGGGGCAAAAACUUGAACCCCCUGCCUGACCAUACAAACCUCUAUUUGAUGGGCUCCUGCCUCUGUAAAUUUUCGCAACUUUAAUUGCCGAGCUAUAUCUUUGCUCAUUAAAGGCAUGUCACUUUAUAAGGCGCUCUUUCUAUAGUUGUGUAGACGCCGAAUUUUCCCUAACUGGUUGGUUCAUGUCGUGAGUCAGAUGAGCUAAAAAAAACCGUACCGUAGAAAGGUCCGUUAGGACUGUGUAUUUCAAUAGUGUUGCUAAUUUCUUUGUAAGAUAAACUUGCACCCGUUUUUUCUCUUUACUUUACAGUGAUAUCAGUGGAGUCUCCCGGGGUACUAGACACAUGCUUUGAUGACUUUCCUCUGCCUCAGGCCCUUGGAGAUCAGAUCCAUACACGGUUUACUCCCCUGAGGCAGUAUGAAGGAUUCGCCUCUGACGUCAGCGAGAGGGCUGGAAUUGAUGCAAAAUACGAGGAGGAAAAAGCGGUCUCGAAAGAAGGCCUCUUAUACCUUCUGACGUUUACCGUGGAGUAUGAUCCAGGUACUGACUAGAGACGAAAAAUUCUGAAGGGGUGUGUAUAGUCGCGGUGCGGUGCUAUAAACAUUUGAACCGUUUCUUUGUCAUCAAGUAAUUCUGAAAGAAGAAAUUCAAAUCCAGAAACAAAAGCGUUUAUCUGUCUGUUUCUGUUUUUUACAGCGAUGACGCAAAACGAUCUUCUCCAAGUCUGGGCCGAAGAGGGCAAGGCAGCCUUGGAGGCGAAAAAAUCGGGAAUGGUACUGGAUUUAUGGAAAGUGGUAGCGGAACGAAAGGUAGCAACGUUUAGUCAUAGUCAUAUUGUAAGCAACACGUUAAAUGGUAGCAGAUGGACUCUAGAAAACCGUCAUGUUCAUUUUUCUGUGCCCUAAUCCCCUAAAGCUCACUGAACUGCCAUAUCACAAUGAAAUACUUUGGAGUUAUCAUAGAACCCCCCUUUUUUAACCUUGAGUCCUUUCCUUCCACGACAUCUUCGUGUCGGGAGCUAGGCUCUGCUAGCACAAUCCACUCUUAAGGUUCAUCUUCUUGAUAAAUCUUGCAUGUGAAUAUAAUAUUUAAAAAUCAGGUCACACGCAUUUACCAUUUUCAUAAUACCUCUCCAAUUGAUCCUUUACACAUCAAAUAAUUACAAAGGAUAGGCACAGAUCUGCUAUACUAUCAUUAUUAUCAUCAUCAUUAUCCAUGCAUUUGCAUACGAGUGAUUGUCACGUGACCACAGUCCCCCUCAACGUGCGGUCCCGCAUGUCAGAUAUCAGCUCUGCCACUCCAAUUCCUACAUCCUGAGCGACACAAAUUUUGCAUACCUUUCGCAUACCCUCGGAUGAAUGAUUGGGCUAUUAAUUACUUCUUGGAAAGUUAUAUUGCCAACGGCUUUAACUUCUGUUACUGCUGUUCGUUUGUUUUUAAUCUAAUUGUUCUUUGGGCCCACAGGUUAUUGCAGUUGUUUGUGUUGAGGAUCCAGCAGGGGCCGAUAGAAUGUCUUUAGACCUACCAAUCAUGAAAAAGAUGGGAGACAGGGUCCAUGUGGAAUGCAAAUCAAUAAGACCUAUAGAGAAAUGGUUCGAAGACCUUAAAAGCUUGCAGAAUGGGUAA